CCACUAAAGUAAAGUAUAAAAGAAAGGACUCCUCAUUUACCAUCACAUAAUCUACACUGAAGUCCUAAAAGCAAAGGUUUGAUUCAUCAUGGCAGUCAUGAGAGCUCUUGUGCUUCUUUUCUUGGUCUUUUCUUUUAGGAAUGCAGCAGCUGAAGAAAACUGUUCAGAUGGAUGGACACAUUUUGGUAUGAAAUGCUACAAAUUCUUCUUUCAUUCGGUUGACUGGGCCACAGCUGAGAAAAACUGUCAAUCUAUUGAUGCAAAUCUUGCAUCUGUGCGCAAUACAAUGGAAAACAAAUUCCUCCUGAGUCUGAUUGUGCCUGCUGACACACGUGCUUGGAUUGGUGGUCAUGAUGCUGAAAUGGAAGGACAAUGGCUGUGGUCUGAUGGAUCUCAAUUUGACUUUACACACUGGUGCCCUAGAGAACCUAACAAUAAAGGUGGUACAGAGCACUGCCUGGAGAUAAACUAUACUACUAGCCAUUCCUGGAAUGAUGCGCCCUGUUCAACCAAACUGAGCUACAUUUGUGGCAAACCUCUGGGAUCAUGAAAAAUCAAUCUGUUUUAAAAGUACUAUUGUACUACAUGCCUAUACAUUUUUCUGAUCUUAUUUUUAAAACUAAGUAUCUUACUGAACCUUUCUGAAAACGUCUCCAAUCAAUAAAAGCAUUUAUAAAGCAAA